UAUGUAUAGAUACAUACAUAUAUUCAUGUUGGAAUUAAUAAGAUAUAGCUGUAGCUAUAUGUGUGUGGCACUAAGGGAAGGGGACCCAAUCCAGUAAUAGGCAUUCCUCUGCUUGACGCCUCCUACCACCCUGUCCCACUCCCUUCCACCCCUUCCCCUUCGCCUUCUCCUUCUCCCCCACCCCGCUCUCCACUCCAUCCUUAUUAUUAACUAUAUAUUACUCACUGCUUAAACGUCUCCCAAACUAAACCCUCUCUCUCUCUCUCUCUUUCUCUCUGAUAUUUAAUAUACCCUUCCACCGAGUUCCACCAAGUUCCACUAGCUGCUGCUGCUCUGCUCCAGCUAGCAGAAGCUUUGUACAGCAACAAAUUAAGGAACGAACUUCCUUAUUAUUGAGUUUAAUUCUUUCUUGGUCAAUAUGACUACUACUGAGGCUCAGAAUUCAGACCCAGAAAGCAGCUCCAACUCCUUCUCCUCGCCGCCCAGCUCGCCACCGUCUCCCGGCUCCACUCAGUCCGGCAAACGUCACGACCCGGAGGAGGAUGCCAAGAAGAUCAAGAGAAUACGAGACAGCAACAAGCACCCGGUCUAUCGCGGCGUCCGGAUGAGGAACUGGGGCAAAUGGGUCUCCGAAAUCCGGGAGCCGCGCAAGAAGUCCCGCAUUUGGCUCGGCACCUUCCCCACCCCUGAAAUGGCUGCCCGGGCCCACGACGUCGCCGCGAUCAGCAUCAAGGGCAGCGCCGCCGUCCUCAACUUCCCCGAGCUCGCUGCGUCGCUCCCUCGCCCUGCGUCGCUGUCCCCACGCGACGUCCAGGCGGCGGCCGCCAAGGCCGCUGCCAUGGACAAGUUCGACCCACCGUCGCCGCCGUCGUCGGCCGUCGAGUUGUCGGCUCCCGAUGAACUGAGCGAGAUCGUCGAGUUGCCGCGGCUGGAGACAGGGUACGAUUCGGCCGAGUUGGGGGAUUUUGUGUACGUGGACUCGGUGGAUGGGUGGCUGUACCCUCCACCGUGGCUGCAGAGUUCCGGCGAUUGUGGGUAUUUUUGCGAUCAUCAGAUGGAGCCGCCGGAGAACUUAAUCCCAAGUGGUUUCGACUCCUUGUGGAAUUACCAGUGUUGAAUAAUUGAAUCUGUAAAAAGUUCCUCCUCCUCCUCUUCUUCCUCCUUAGUUUAGCUCUUCUUGUUUUUCUUUGAAGGGCUAAACCUUUAAUCCUCCCUCUCUCUAUGUAUGAUCGAUCAUGUUUGUGUCUCUUCUGUGUGGUGUUAAUCUUUUUCGUUGAAUGAAUCUAACUGUGCAGACUGUCAUAAAUUGCCGUCAUUGUUUGGCGAAAACACAUUAAAUUAUCUUCCAGUUGGAAUC